GGCAGGGGUUCUCGUUGGCCUGGCGGCCCGCCAGACCUGUAUUAUUAUAGAGGAAACACUGCAUUACAUCAGCAAUAAUAGACGCCAAGAUGACUACACACAUAGCAAUCCAAACAUUCAACAUUCAAACAUUCAUCACUGAUUGCGAUGACACAUCAAACUAUACACCAAACACGUGUCUAUUUCCACUUUUAUUCGAAUACAGAUACAAAUAUAAAUUAUUUUGCUGCCUCAACAAAUAUAGAUACAAGUACAAAUACUGGGCCCUCUGCACAUCCCAACUGGAUACUGGACAAAGUACAUGCAACACACCUUUACCUAUAAACACAAAGUUAUACAACGUUUAUUACAUAUCAAUGUAAUGUUACCAUGGAGACAAGAUAUAUAUUGGUAACAGAGUUUGGGGUGCACCCAUCAAAUCUUCUGGGGCCCAGCAGACACUCAGCAUUGAAACAAUUUUAUUGGUUGUAGUGUACACUGUCUGCAUUUGAUCUGUGUGACAAUGUGCUCAUUGAUUGGAUUAAAAUGUAAAUAUUCUUCCUGUUUUAUGUUUGCCUGCUUUAUUUUACCUAAUGUCUUAGAGUGGAUGAGAAUCUUUUUACCGUAAGUGUUGCAAUAUAGGGGCAUUUGAAGGGAUAGAGUGAUUCAUAACUUGUAUAGAAUGUAGGAGUAGGGUAAAGUAGAGGGGGCAAUGGCCCCUUGGCCCCUCUACUUCUGUCGCCAGUUCCAGACAGGGAAAGGAGGCACAGUUGACCAGGAAAUGACUCUCCACACACUGAAUCUUCACUCUGAGACAAAAUGGCUUCCAGAUCAGAGGAGGAUCUCUGCUGUCCGGUCUGUCAUGACGUCUUUAGAGACCCUGUUCUUCUGUCAUGUGGCCACAGCUUCUGUAAAGACUGUCUGAAGAGCUGGUGGAGACAGAAACAAACACGUGAGUGUCCAGUUUGUCGGAAAAGAUCUUCAAAGUCAGACCCACUUUGUAACCUGGUGUUAAAGAACCUGUGUGAGUCCUUCUUACAGGACAGAGAUCAGAGAGCUUCAGAGGCUCUCUGCAGUCUGCACUCUGAGAAACUCAAACUCUUCUGUCUGGACCAUCAGCAGCCAGUGUGUCUCAUCUGCAGAGAUUCAGAACAACACACCAACCACAGAUUCAGACCUAUUGAUGAAGCUGCACGACAACACAAGAAGGAACUUGAAGAAACUCUGAAGCCCUUGAAGGAGAAGUUGAAGGUUUGUGAACAAGUUAAAGUGAAGUUUGAUCAAACAGCAGAACACAUUAAAGUCCAGGCCGGACACACAGAGAGACAGAUUAAGGAGCAGUUUAAGAUGCUUCACCAGAUUCUAGAAGAGGAAGAGGAGGCCAGGAUGGCUGCUCUGAGGGAGGAAGAGGAGCAGAAGAGUCAGAUGAUGAAGGUGAAGAUGGAGGCUCUGAGCAGAGAGAUAGCAGCUCUUUCACACACAAUCAGAGCCACAGAGGAGGAGCUGAGAGCUGAAGACGUCUCAUUCCUGCACAACUACAAGGCUGCAGUGGAAAGAGUCCAGCACUGCCCCCUGCUGGAUGAUCCACAGCUGCUCUCAGGAGCUCUGAUAGACCAGGCCAAACACCUGGGCAACCUGACCUUCAACAUCUGGAACAAGAUGAAGGAGAUGGUCUCAUACACUCCUGUCAUUCUGGAUCCAAACACUGCUGAUCCAAAACUCAUCCUUUCUGAAGAUCUGACCAGUGCGAGAUAUGGAGAGAAACAGCAGCUUCCUGAUAAUCCAGAGAGGUUUGAUUAUUAUCCCAUAGUCCUGGGCUCUGAGGGCUUUAACUCAGGGACUCACAGCUGGGAUGUCGAGGUUGGAGAUAAUACAUACUGGACACUGGGUGUGUUAUCAGAGUCUGCCCAGAGGAAGGGAAACAUACAGUCUGGAGUACAUACAAUAUGGUUCAAUCAAGGCGAAUUCUCAGCAUGGUCACCACCAGCUCAUGCGACUGUUCUCCCAGUGAAGAAGCAGCUCCAGAGGAUCAGAGUGAAUCUGGACUGGAACAAAGGAAAUCUGUCGUUCUCUGAUCCUGAUACUAACACACACAUACACACCUUCACACACACUUUCACUGACAGACUGUUUCCAUUCAUUUUCACAAGGGAUAAACUGAAGAUUUCCCCACUGAAGGUCUCUGUGACAGUGGAACAGAGCAAUUAGAGACGAUGAUGAUGGUUCUCAUAAUUACUAUCAUUUAUUUCUUAAAGGGAAAAGUCGCUGAAUUUAACCUCUGAAGCUUCUGUCCUCCUGCUGUCUCAUUAUCCCAAAAUAUGUUCAUGUUGUUUCACCGUAAG